AUGGAUAGGGAUUUCGUCCACCGCUCUUUGCGAAAAGUGGCACUGACGCGUCACGUUUCCAUUCUACUCGAACGCCGCGAAGCAGACGAGCGACGAGCGACUUCCGAAACUCAUCUGUAUCAGGGCCUCUCGUUGAAAGAGAAGCAUCGUCUAUACAAAUUCAGACGCCGCGACCGUCCCAGCGAAGAUACCCGCACUAGACAACCGGAAUCAGAGCAAAUCGGUCAAGCCGCAAAGAAGCUCGACGACGAACUCUACACGUACAUAGCGACCCACGCAAAGCAAGAAUGCAUGACACUGUCCGAGAUGAUGCAGAGCAAACUACCACGGGAACUACGCGAUAUGGUGUACGCCCAUCUACUCUCACGAGAGACUUACACCGUCGAGCGCCAAAACGUUUAUGAACUUUACUGGCUUUCUGACCUACGGCAGAUCAGUUGCAAUCAUCUCUUCACGCGCGGAUACGUUCCGCUUGAUACCAUAAAAGAGAUCGGCGAGAUGUGGUACAAGGUAUCGACUUUCAUAGUCUGCGCCUCUGAUGAACCCGAACGAGCUUCAGAAGCCUUGAACUUCCUCCACGAUGACAAUUGGGGCUUGGACAUUGAUGUGUACCAACACGUCAAGCACAUCUAUGUCGGUCUCGAUUAUAUCCACGGCGUCGACGAGAUUAUUGGCCAUCUAAACGCCAAUCUCCGGAAACUUCUGUCACUAGGAGCAAAUGCGCGCGUCGUUCUAUAUCUCCAAUGUCCACACAAGCACUAUGUGACGAUGAGAGAGCAGCCAAUAAUAGCUUUUGUGAGGAAGCUUCGACCGAUCUUCCCUGUCCUGGAGGAACUUGUCAAAGAGGGAAAAAGAGUUGUGGUCAACGUGAAGGGCUAUGAUGUGUUCGAGGUCAAGGUUGAAACACUGAAUGCGCCGAGUUGGAUCAGCCAGUUGACCCAAAUUCUAUCAGACAGAGAUUUGAAUGACCUCCAGAGCGAUCAGCUGAACAGAAGCAUCGGGACAAGAUCCUAG